AUGAGUGAUUAUCCUGAAUUAUUCAAAGAAUACAGUGAAUACAUCUCCUUGAUAAAUAGCCUUCAAAGCAAGGAUCCUGCUUCACUUGCUACAGCCUACUGGCUUCGCUGGUAUUGGGUGAAGGCGUGUGGAGAUAUCUGGACAGCCUCAAAUAAGUCCGAUUCUAAUGCUUAUAGAUAUUUGUCAGAUCAGAUUGAUAUUGUGUCUAAAAUAAAGUCUGGGAAUCCUUCCCUUGCUGAGAAGCCUGGAAAGGAUUCGUUUAUGAAGUAUGUUGCGGGCAAACGAAAUAUGGCUAUGGAUCUCGAAGGAAGACAGCAAUAUCAAGAAGCACUAUCUGUGUAUAAUGAACUUAUGCUUUUGUACCAGGCUGCCUCUAAGAUUGUUCCUGAGAAUGCAGAUAAUUGGAGAGUGUUGUCUAGGAAGACAAAGAGUCGAUUCAUUGAGAUAUAUAAAUGUCUAAAGGCUGGCACUCCUGUGCCCAGUAUGCCUCUGACCAAUUCGGUGAUUCGUCCAGGAUCCUCAUCAUUUGCCCCUAGCAAUAUGGGUAAUUCUAACUUCCCUGCUGCUCCUAGCAAUCCGAUUUUCUCCUCUGCUCCCAGUAAUCCCAGUUUCCCUGCCGCUCCCACUAACACGAACUUCCCUGCCGCUCCUAGCAAUUCUAACUUCCCUGCCGCUCCCAGCAACCCGAUUUUCUCCUCUGCUCCUAGCAAUCCCAGCUUCCCUUCUGCUCCUAGCAAUCCCAGCUUCCCUUCUGCUCCUAGCAAUUCUAACUUCCCUUCUGCUCCCAGUAAUCCCAGCUUCCCUGCCACUCCAACUAAUCCCAGCUUCCCUACUGCUCCUAGCAAUCCCAAUUUCCCUGCUGCCCCUACUAAUCCCAAUUUCCCUGCCGCUCCUAGCAGUCCUUCCUUCCCUCAGAACAAUCUCGGCAGCCCUUCCUUCCCUACUGCUCCCAGCAAUCCCAACUUCCCCGUCAGCGCUCCCUCCUUCCAGAUGGGGAAUCAGGAUCGUUUCAAUGGCGGCUACACCGGGUUUGCCGAGCCGUCGAACUACUACAACGUCGCUCAUAGCGCAAUCCCGAUGCAUCCGGAGGAGCCGCAGCCCGGCCUGCGCCGUUCUUGCUCUUCCAACUGCGACAGCUCUGCGGAGCGAACCCAGUUCGAUGAUGUUCCGCUGCCUGGAGACAGUCGCGACACUUGGGGCAAUCAGGGCAAUUUCCCGCUCAAUGGAGGCCGUCCGAUGGGAAUGCAGAGCGACUUCUCCAGUGGAGGCAAUCCAAUGGGUAAUUUUGGCGGCAACCGCAUGCCGUCGUAUGGAGAGAAUAAACAGCAACAGUUUGGUAUGGGAGGGAACGGCCAGUCCGCUCCUUCGAUGAAUUUUAUACAGGACUUUGGCGGGCAGACGACGAUCAUCCAAUCCGGACUGAAGAAUCGGCAGACAGGAUGGGAAAACAAUGUCGAGGAAAUGCUGAACUAUUACAAUCAAGAGGCAGAGGAAAUGGUGAAGAAGAACAAGCCGAAACUCGCGAAGGCGAUCUAUGAAGCGAUGAUUAACGCCUGUAAUUCGGAUCGAAGAUUUGCAAGCUAUGCGGAUUCUUUCAGACAGUGUAUUGCAAACUUGAAUUUGUGA